GCCAUUCCCGCACGAGCCGAACCCCAACCAGCCCUUCGGACACCCCAGCCGACACCGACCACAACUAUGGCCACGUCAGCCGCUGCCGGAGGUGCUGUAGUCUCACAGGUUGGCAGUCCCGGUGGGGAAUGGGAACUUGGCAGUCCCGUACUCCAAGGCAUGACAGGCCAACAGCCCGGCGAGUCCAUCUCGGACUUUGCCACCCACGUCCUCGCCGUCAGCAAGCUGGUGGCCAAAGAGGAACAGCGGCAGGCCGACGCUGCAGCUGAAUUGCUACGGCGACAGCAGGAAGCCGCUGAAGCUCAACAUCGGCAGCAGGAGGCAGCAGCAAAUGCCGUCCAGCGCCUCCGACAAGAAGUUGCAGCAAGCCUGCACCAGCAAGAGCUGGAGUGCGCAUCCACUCUGCGCGGUUGGCAUUUUACCCCAACGGACGGUCACAGCCAACCGUCGGCAGAAGAGGAGACGAAGGAUGACAUCUCCAAGUUUAUCGCAAGACUCCUGCUGACCUGCAACUGGCAACAGCCCGAGUUAGAGCGGCUCAAGCACGUCAUCAAAGAAACUCGCGACAUGCACAGUCAUACGAAUCACAGUUUCAAUGCAUGUCUAGACAACUUGGAGGAUGACGAUGCCGCUUCAGCGCAUGCUGGACCUAGUAGCAGCGAGUCAUCGACGCGAGAGCUGGAGGAACGGAUUGAUCGUGUGGUCGCCACAAUCGGUGACCUGGGCACGCUCGCGAGCAGUAAUGAUCAGCCAACAACUCACAAUCGGUGACCUGGGCAUGCUCGCGAGACCAGUGAAGACCGAUGUGCGCAUGAUGCAGCAGAAACCAGCCGGCAACGUCGCCCCACGCCCGUA